AUAAAACCCACCUUUUUUCGUAAUACUGCAGUUCCGAUGAUUCACGAAGGUCAAAUGUGACAUAAGCCUGAUUGUAUUCUGAAAAGUGAAUGAAACACAUGUGGCAAAUACAAUACAUCCGUUAUUUAAAUUAAAAUUCUUAAAAAUUAUUACACAAAAAUGGGUGAUAGUGAACCGACAGUGAAUGGUGUUGAACCACCACAAAAAACCGCUAAGCAAUUGGAGAAAGAGGCAAAGAAACAGGCAAAAUUAGACAAAUUAAAGCAAAAAUUAGAGAAACAAAAUGUUACAGCAAAUACCACUAAAGAAAAACCUGAGAAAAAAGAAAAAAAGAAAGAAGUGAAAGAAGCUGCUGUAUACGACAUUCCUACAGCAGAUGGUGAUAAAAAAGAUAUUUCGUGUGCUAUGCCAGAUGCAUACAGUCCAAAAUAUGUAGAGGCUGCUUGGUAUAGUUGGUGGGAGAAACAAGGAUUUUUCAAACCUGAAUAUGGUAGAAAAUCAAUUUUAAAUCAAGAUAAAAAAUUUGUUAUGGUAAUACCACCACCGAAUGUAACCGGUUCUUUACAUUUGGGUCAUGCAUUAACAAAUGCCGUAGAAGAUUCACUUACAAGGUGGUACAGAAUGAAAGGAUAUAUGACAUUAUGGAAUCCAGGUUGUGAUCAUGCGGGGAUUGCAACACAAGUGGUAGUUGAAAAGAAAAUUUGGCGAGAAGAGAAACGUUCACGUCAUGAAAUAGGACGAGAAAAAUUCAUAGAAAAAAUUUGGGAAUGGAAAAAUGAGAAAGGAGAUCGAAUAUACCAUCAAUUGAAAAAACUCGGAUCAUCAUUUGAUUGGGAUCGUGCCUGUUUUACUAUGGAUCCAAAAUUAUGUCGUGCUGUAACUGAAGCAUUUGUACGAUUACACGAAGAAGGUUACAUUUAUCGUCACAAUCGAUUAGUAAAUUGGUCAUGUACGCUAAAAUCAGCAAUAUCUGACAUUGAAGUUGAUAAAGUUGAAUUAGAAGGCCGAACAUUUUUAUCCGUACCUGGAUACGACGAAAAAGUUGAAUUUGGUGUGUUAGUGUCAUUCGCUUAUAAAGUUGAUGGAUCCGAUGAAGAAUUAGUUGUUGCCACAACACGUGUUGAAACUAUGCUAGGAGAUACGGCUGUAGCCGUCCACCCUGAAGAUCCACGAUACAAACAUCUUCAUGGUAAAUUUGUUACGCAUCCGUUUUGUGAUCGUAAAUUACCAAUUGUGUGUGAUGAGUUUGUGGAUCGUGAAUUCGGUACUGGUGCUGUGAAAAUUACACCGGCACAUGAUCCAAACGAUUAUGAAGUGGGUAAUCGACAUAAUUUACCGUUUAUAACAAUAUUCGAUGAUAAUGGUUACAUAAUGGGUGAUUAUGGUGAAUUUACUGGAAUGAAACGUUUCGAUUGUCGUAAAGCAAUUAUAAAGGCGUUAAAAGAUAAAGGUUUAUAUAAGGAAACGAAGAAUAAUCCUAUGGUUGUGCCAGUGUGCAGUCGAUCCAAGGAUAUUGUUGAACCAUUGAUUAAACCACAAUGGUAUGUAAGGUGUGAUGAAAUGGCGGAAAAUGCUAUAAAAGCUGUACAAAAUGGUGAUUUAAAAAUUAUACCCGAACAGCAUACAAAAACAUGGUAUCGUUGGAUGGAGGGUAUACGAGAUUGGUGUGUUUCUCGUCAAUUAUGGUGGGGUCAUCGUAUUCCUGCAUAUUUUGUUACCAUUGACGAUCCCAAAAUACGCAAAGGAAAUGCAGAUACAGAUAACGAUUAUUGGGUAACAGGGCGCACAUUGGAUGAAGCAAAAGAAAAAGCAUCGAAAAAAUUCAAUGUACCAAUGGAAAAAAUAUCAUUACGCCAAGAUGAAGAUGUAUUGGAUACGUGGUUUUCAUCUGGACUAUUUCCAUUCUCAAUAUUUGGCUGGCCCGAUGAGACUGAUGAUUUACAAGCUUUUUAUCCAGGUGAAUUACUUGAAACUGGUCAUGAUAUUUUAUUCUUUUGGGUUGCAAGAAUGGUGUUCUUUGGACAAAAAUUAUUAGGUAAACUUCCGUUUAAGGAGGUUUACUUACAUCCAAUUGUACGUGACGCACAUGGUCGAAAAAUGAGUAAAUCAUUGGGUAACGUUAUUGAUCCAAUGGAUGUAAUCCAUGGUAUCGCAUUGGAAGAUUUGCAUAAACAAUUACAGGAUAGUAAUUUAGAUCCAAAAGAAAUUCAAAAAGCAAUUCAAGGACAAAAACAAGAUUUUCCUGAUGGUAUACCAGAAUGUGGUACGGAUGCAUUACGCUUUGCCUUAUGUUCGAUGACACAAGGCCGUGAUAUUAAUUUAAAUAUUUUACGAGUGCAAGGAUAUCGAUUCUUCUGUAAUAAAUUAUGGAAUGCAACUCGUUUUGCACUAACAUAUUUUGGCGAGGGAUUGGUAUUUGAUGAACCAAAUAGUACAUUGGCCGGCAAUGAAACACAAAUGGAUUUAUGGAUACUGAGUAAAUUGGCAAAUGCUGUGGAAACAUGUAAUAAUGGAUUUAAAAAUUAUGAUUUUCCAACAUUAACACAAGCGUGCUAUGAUUUUUGGUUGUAUCAUUUAUGUGAUUUCUAUUUGGAAUAUUUAAAACCCGUAUUCCAAACUGGAGACGCAGAAAAAAUAUCUACAGCACAAAAAGUGUUGUAUCGUUGUUUAGAUGUUGGUUUGCGUAUUUUAUCUCCAUUUAUGCCGUUUAUUACUGAAGAAUUAUAUCAACGAUUACCACGCUCAGAAAAUUAUAAAGCACAAGUACCAAGUAUUUGUGUGGCUGCGUAUCCAGAACUAGACGUAAAUCCAUUUAGGGAUGAGCAAAUUGAACAAAAAUUUGAAUUUAUUCAAAAAAUUAUUCAUUCGAUUCGAUCUGCACGUUCUGAUUACAAUAUUUUAAAUAAAAAUAAAACUGAAGCAUAUGUAUCGUGCUCUGAUUCAAACAUCACUAAAACAAUUGAACAAUUCACGGACGUGUUAUUAACAUUAUCAUCUUGCUCAAAAAUUGAAAUAAAUCAAACACCACCAAUUGGUUGUGCAAUUUUAACUAUAUCUGAUAAAUGUGAAGUACAUUUAUUAUUAAAAGGUUUAAUUGAUCCAGAAAAAGAAUUAUUGAAAUUGAAAAAGAAGCAAGAAUAUUUAGAAGCAACAAAAUCAAAAUUAAAUAAAUCAAUGUCUGCUGGUGAUUAUGAAGUAAAAGUUCCUGUUGAAGUGCGUGAAGCUGAGAAAAAGAAAUUAGAACAAACCGAUGGUGAAUUAGAACGAUUAAAUGCGGCUAUGAAAGCAUUACAAAUGAUGUCUUAAUGUUAAUUUAUAUUUAAAUUAAAUUAUUAUUUAUAUGCAUUAUUUAUUGCGGGCGUGUUUUUUUUUUAUGCUACGAAAAAAAUUAUACAUAUAUACUCAUUGAAGUAGUAGGGAAUUCAAUCAUUGAGUAGGGAGCAUGAGGUGGUUGGGAAAAGCCGCAUUUAAAAUAUUUGAGUCUGGCCUUUCUUUGUCUAGGGCAAACUUAUCCUUGCAUUCCACCUAUCAGCACUCAUAAAAUAUGAAAUAACAAAUUCACCCCGCAUAUAGUGGAUAUUUUUAACAAAUUUUAUUUAUUCAUUUAAUUAUUUUUUUUGUACUUGACACCAAAUAUAGAAAGCAGUAUUAUUUGAGGUUAAAUAAUACAAACUAGCUAAACUAAAACUAAGAAGUAAACUUUUUUCCAAAAUGUUUCCUUAAAUGAAGAGGCGGGUUAACGAAGCUACUGCCCCACAUCAACCAUAUACUGCCGAUCUUCUAGGAUAAUAAAUUUAUUAAAUUUUUAUGUUACUAGAAUUUUAAUUUAAUUUGUUUUACUAAUUUACUGUAGCCUUUAAAAUGGAAAAAGCCACUACUUACGGUGGCGUAGAAGUUAAUUUGCCUCUGAAUAUACGCAUAUACAAUGAAACGUUAAAUAUUUCAAAUUACAUAUGAUCCUUAUUGUCUACUUACAUAUAGUCUCCUAGGCAACACGUAAGUCAAACUUUUUUAAAUAUCUAUUGUGCUUUAAUAGAUACGAUUUUACUACGAGUGGUACUUCUCUACUAAUAGACGUGUCUAUCACUUUAUAGAUCAAAUUAACGAUUCAUUGUAUGCAAAUGGAAAAAUACCUGUUAAAACCAAUAAAGGAUAAUCAAAACCAUUUAAUUCAUUUU